AUGUCGAAUCCUAUGAACACCGAACCCGAGGCCGAACAGGUGAGCCAGGGUAGCAGCUCCUGGUUUACCAAGAAAAUAGGCAGAAAAUUAUCCCUGGUCCACUCCAAGGAAAGCUCAAAAGGAACUACCGACGAAACAGAAACCGCAACUGAGGAGCACACGGGCCAAAGCAGCACAGGUCAGCAAGCCAUGGAAAAGGGAGAGCAGGCGAAGCAAGACAUAACAUCUGGUGAUAUGAGCGGCUCCAAGGAAAUGUCUGGAAAAGGCGAAAACAUUCAGAACCUCGCGAGCCAGGGAGACACUACUGGAGUCACUGGUGAAACCGGCCUGAACAAAGAGAAAACCAACAAGAAAAGCAUUGACGACGUCGGCCGUCGACUUUUUGGUAGCCGCGGCGGAGGUAUUGCCCCCAACAGGGAUAUCAAAAAGGGUCCUAUUACGGAGGGAUCUGGCAUGGCUAUGGAUCAAAGAGACACAGGCCAGGAGCUCAUUGGAGCUACUGGAUCUGGAUCUGGAAUCGGAGCAGCAGAAAAGGAACCGAGCACCGGAGCUGAUAUACUUGGAGCUACUGGGUCUGGACCUGGAUCUAGGCUAGCAGAAAAGGAACCGAGCACCGGAGCCGGUCCACUUGGAGCUACUGGAUCUGGAUUCGGAGCAGCAGAAAAGGAACCGAGCACCGGAGCUGGUGUACUUGGAGCUACUGGGUCUGGAUCUGGAUCUAGGCUAGCAGAAAAGGAACCGAGCACCGGAGCUGAUCCACUUGGAGCUACCACUGGAACUGGCAUGUCAAAGUCUAGUACAUCAAAAGCCAAUACCUCUGGCACCACAGCAGCCGCUGGCUCUAGCGAUCGAGGCCUGCAUCAAGGAAUGUCCGGAAAAUCCAAAAUGGCUGGUGCCGCUUUCGCUGAAAAUUCCAUGGAUCAGGAGCUCGACAGUCAAGCACAUAUCAGUUCAGAUGUAUUUGGAGAUAAGAACGGUCUGCAGAACACUUCGACAGGCGGUCAUGUUUUUACCUCCCCAGGAAUCGAGCAAAAGCUUGCCGAAAAGAGGCGACUAAGCACAGAAAAUACACCAAACCCGCAUCAUAUGAAACACAAAUCUAUGCGAGAGGGAGGAGGAAUCAGUCAAGGUGCCAUUGGUGGCGCGGCCCUCGGUGGUGGUACUAUGGGUAGUGCCAGUGCCAUGGGCAUGGGCAAAGGUGGCAUUAGCCAACAAGCCAGUACAGCGGGACAAACAAGCAAAGGAAUGUCGCCUACGUCGACACAAGCUCGCAUGACUGGCGUGACCGGUGGGGGCCUUACACAGGCCAUCGGCCAAGGAGCAUCCAGCAAAGGAGUUGGUCAAGGUGGCAUGAACCAAGGUGCCAUGCCCCGUCGCAAGCCCACUGGAGCCACGAUGAGCAGAUCAGCCGAGAACGCUGGUAUGGCUGCCACCCCACGAACCAUGAUGGGGAUGGGUGGCUCUAGUCACAAGGCCACAAUUCUUCAAGAGAAGGUUCAAUUUGUCUCGCAGAAGUGCAAGACUCAAUUGGGCGGCUCUGCCAGUGAGAUUAGUUUGCGCAGCCCUACCGUGGAUGCUUUCUUUGAUUCAGUGGCCAUAGAACGUCUCCGCUGGAUGCCUCGUGAUGGCAGCAGACUUGACUGCUGUCUUCGAUGGGCUUCUCGGCUGGCAUACGCAGUCGACAAUCUACGCGAGUCAAUCGGUGCUUUCGCUCCUGGAGCAAACGAAGCCGCGAAGCUGAUUUGGGGUUUCGAAAUCAUGCUCCUGGAGUCUGAUAUAGACAACACGGACAUUUUCGAAAGCGUCUUUGGCAGAUAUGGACGUGUUGCUGUGGGAAUUCGUCUACUUCUUCAGUACGAGAGUGUGUAUAAGCCAUCGCCAGAGCUUCAGCCAGAAGCCGCUGCCGUCUUUGCCAAUCUCCUAGAGAUGGUCUGCAGUACCACCAUCAGCUGUGUUGAGGGAUUCAAGGCCAAGGAGUCUGAUACAGUCAUCCGUCACAACAUUGAUGCGGCCUUCGUGACCUACGCCACCCGCUACUCGACUCACUGGAAUGCCAUUGUUGAAGCUGCAACUUCAAAUGUUGUGACGCAGAGCUCGCUGAUUUGGGCAAGUGAGGAGUUGGGCAGUCUUCGCCAGUUCCUCGGUGUGCAGGAUCGUCCUCUUCAAUUUAUUCUUGACUCCCGUAGUCAUACUUUAGCUGAAGGGUCGUUCGAGUGGUUCAACAACAGUCUGUACGAUUUUACCGUGGGUAAGCCUCCUGUCCUGAUGGUCACUGGUGGAGCUGGCUGUGGAAAGAGUGCCAUGGCACAGUGGACUGUCGACAGAAUGCAGGAAUCUUCCGAGCAUUCGGGCUGGAAUGUCAUUCCUUACACCAUCCGCGCCGAUAUCCCCGUUGCAACUUUGCCACUCCGUAUCCUGAAAGGUAUAUUGCACCAGAUGCUGGACCACUGUGUCAUUGAAAAGAGUAUCCAGGAGGACAUUCUCUUCUAUGUGGCCAAGGCUGCUCAAAGUGCCCUUGAUGGUGCCGGAGAAGCGGAGGUUGAAGACAGCCUCUGGAAGGGUAUUCGCACUGGUCUGGAGUCUGACAUCCAGUACAUGUUCGUGGUUGAUGGUCUUGACCAAAUCAAGGGUGGUGACCCCGACGCCACUGAAUUCAUGGACAAAUUCAGCGAGGUCCUUGUUCAGCAGAAUGAGGGCUCUAAGAUGAUCGUCUUUACCCGACCUCUCAAAUCGAGAAUGAGCUCUAGAAGUAUUCAACACUUCAAUAUUCAGCCAUCUCAGACCAUGAAUGAUCUGGAGGCCUAUGUGAAGAAGCAGCUUUCAACUGCAUUUGACACAGAAGCCGGAAAGACUGGCCAGCUCGAUACCGCUGUAACUACUAUUGUCAAACGAUCUCAAGGCUCGUUCAGCUGGGCCGAGAUGGCAGUUGAGUAUGCUCGACAGCAGAGGACCCCGGGCCAGGCUAUUCAGUCUGUGCAAGGGCUACCCCAGUCUAUGCCGGAGCUGCUUGACUUCCACAUGAAGAAUUUGGACCUGAGCCAGAAUGAGGCCAAACACGUCUUGUCGUGGCUGGCUGCUGCCGAGCGACCUUUGCUGGUCGAGGAAGUUGAACAGCUACUUGCUGUUGAUCCGAUUUCAGUAACCUUCACUCCAAGCUUCUCUCAUUCUGAUAGUGCAUGGAGCAAGUCUUUGAGUCCCAUUGUGAUGACUCGCGAUGGUGUUGUUUCUUUCGCCCACACCUGCAUUCGCGAUCACAUCAUCAACCAGGCCAGAUCUGCAAGCGCCAAAGCACCGCUGAAUCUGAAGGACGCUCACUAUGACCUCCUUACCAGAUGUCUCGCAUGGGUACAGCUUAGUGUCCGAGAAGAGACAGACAUCUCCAUGGAUAAGCUUAGCAUGGAAGAACGCAAUCGUCUCUUCGACAAAUAUGUCCUUCUGGAGUAUACUGCACGAUACUGGCUGUCACAUCUUCUCUCUUCGCAGUUGGUGACUGACGAGGGUGAAUUCUCCUUCAACGCAAACUUCAGAAAGCUGGUUCCUGAGACCGUUCUGUUCGCUCGUCUUGAAUUGACCUGUCGCGAAUCGCAGUUCACUCGAUCCAGUGUGGUGGAAUUGUACAGACUGGCGACAGACAUUCGCCGCCUGGUCUUAGGCGAAAAGUCAAUGGCACUGCUUCAAAGCCUAUUGCUGAGUGCCCGAGUCUCUAAGUAUGCCCAUGCCAGCCAUGCCGAUGAGCACUGCUACGAGGCUUGGAAGCUCAGCCAGGAGCUCCUUGGCCAGUCCGAAACCACCACCUUGACAAGUGCUGAGAUGAUGACGCAAUCGUUCACCGAGCGAGGCACCAUGACUUACCAGCAAGAGGAUAUUAUGAAGUACUUGAUUCUGACCGAUUCCGAGAUCACCGGCGUCGAGUUCAGUCAGCGCUUGAAGUACCUCGGAAUGAUCGUGGGCAUGUACAAAUUCCGAGACGACAACGCAUCUGCCCUCACCAUCUCGAAGCAGUUCUAUCAGCAGAUUCUCCAGAAGUACGGUACCAACUCCAGCCAGUCUUCGGAGACUGCAGAUUUCUUGACCAGCGAGUUCUCUGCUACUGGAAGCGACGAGAUGAGCCGCGACAUUGCGCGGACCAAGUACGACAGUGUAGUCCGUACGAUGGAGGUUACAGAUGAGCGUCGCAUCAAGUACACUUUGUACAUGGCCCAGAUGUACGAGCAGCAGGGUGAAAUGGCACAAGCACAGGGUGUGCUAUCUAGUCUGUGGGCUGGCCUCAACUCUCGGGACAUCGACUCUGUUGACAUGAUGGAUAAGAAGUCCAAUGUUGCCCUCGCUUACUACCAGUUCUUGCGCCGCCAGGGUAGAAACGAUGAGGCUGAGGUCAUUAUCCGCGAGCUUGUUGCUGAUCUUGAGGUCACCGGCAUUCACUCUCAGGAAAUGAUGCUGCGCGUACAGAUGCUUCGUGCUGAAACUCGCGAAAUGCACAUGUACAGUUUGGAUCGAUCGCUGUCCAUUCUCACGUGGCGCUAUUACAAGGAAAUGAACAUGGAGUACUCGACUGAGGCGACGGCUCUGGCUCUAUCGCUCGCCGAGAGCAUGGCCAACACUGUCUCUAUCGAAGAUAGUCAUUCCCUUUCCGGAAGGGACCGUAGGCUGAUGGUCGAGCUUUUGGAUUCCAUCACCUCGUCGCCCAGCAACCUCUCCGUCUCCACACUGAUCCUUUGCCAUAAUCUGGCUAGCAUUUAUGUCCGCGAAGAGGACUGGGUCGAAGCCAGCGACUGCUCUAAGGCUGUUCUGCAGCAUGUUUGGCCCACAGUGGAGCAGGCAGGAUCUCACAAGAGUUUCUCGACAGAGUUGGCUCCUCCUAUCGCAGACCUGGCCCUGAUUCUGGCAUACUGCCACAUCCGCAGACUACAUCUGGAACAGGCUACUAUCGUCUAUGAGAAUGCCUUUGGGUCACUCAUCGCUUCAGAUAGAGUUCCCGUGCCUUCUGUGUUGGCUGUUGCUAAAGCGGUUGUCGAAUUCUACGAAACUACCUUCCAAUUUACUAGGGCUCUGACUCUUCUGCACUCUGUCAGCACGUUCUUGACAGCCAGACUGGGUGAGACGCACAAGCAUACGAUUGAGAACUUCUACCUCGAGGCCACGCUCGCCAAUCGUCUUGAGAUGACCAGCGAGGCUAAGGCCACGUACCAGCGAAUCUACAAAUGCACCACGAGCGACGGAAAGAUUGCCCCCGAGGGCUUUGAAGCUGCCCUUGCACUUGUUGCGCUUUACGAAAAGGAGCUCCAGUGGGAUGCUGCUCUGGAUAUUUACCGCCACAUGUGGCCUACGGUCGUUGUCAAAGAUAAUGUGGCUUCCUAUGACCGCACGAGGGUCGAGAAGAUGCUCGAAAAUACCUACAUCGGCUACAUGACAAUCCUGACCACCCGUACGAAGAGCACCGACUUCUCUGAGCAAUACAAGGUCGCUUCGGAAUACGUGACGACCUGCAGUAACGUCUACGGUUCCACGCACCAGAAGACCCUGAGCGCGACUCUCCUCUUCGCCGAGCUAUGCGAGAGCAGCGACUCGCACAUCGACGAGGCCAUCUCACUCUACAAGAAGCCGUUCCAGAUCAGCGAGUGGGUGCCAACCUCCCAAUCCUCUAAGGGUCUGGAUCAAAUGACCGCACCGCUGCCCAUCACGCUCAAGCACAAGCUCGCACAGCUGUUCGUCCGCAAGCGUGAUUCCACAAUGGAGGCUCGUUCCCUCUAUACAGAGGAAUUCCAGCUGGCAAAGAAGACUCAAGGAUACUUCUCUGACACGACCCUUUCCUGGCUCCGCGAGCUCGCCCUCGCGCACUCUCGCCAGGGCACGCAAACCUCUGUCCAGCAAGGCUGUGCCAUCCUCCACACAUACAUAACGGAUGUCCUUCACACCGGUGGUGGUGAACCCGACGCAAUGAAGGACUGGGCCCACAAGGUCGCCGCCAUUUAUCUGGAAUGCGGCUUCAUCGACGGUGGCAACGGUGUACUCGAUGAGCUUCGCCAGCGUGUGAUCUAUGGCUCUGAGACCUCAGCCAUGACACUUGGAGAGCGGCGCGAUGCCGUCUUCUCUGCAGCCUUCGAAGAAUCCUUCAGUCGCCGCACAACCUAUGAGCAGAUCAUAACCGAGAUGUCUCGGGAGACGCACAUUCAGCAGUCCUUUACCAAGAAUCUAUCCGGCCACGACUUCAUCCCUACUCUCAUAUCCGGCGAACGUCUCGCGACCCUACAGACACAGCAGAAACGGACCCGCGUGGCGAAGGACACACGAACCAGACUCUACGAGUACUUCUGUAACACGCUGUCCGCAACUUCAAUCGCGGACCACCAGAUUGUGCAACAGUUCUACGCCAUCUGCCUCCGCGAAGUGCAAACAGAGGACUAUAACACAGGCAUUCUAAACACAACAACCAGUCUAGUCCGCGACCUCUGCAACUCUGGCCAAUUCGCCGACGCAAGUGAUCUGACCGGUGUUCUACACUCAUUCAUGCACCUAACAGACGGCCUGAACAACUACGACAACAUAAUAACGGCUACAAAACUCUGUCUCUACCUAAGCGGCAACCAAGCAACACGCUGCCAAAACGAAAAACUCUACAACGAAAUGUCCGUGAAAUCCAAACUACUCCUCCAAGAACUCCUCGCCUCCUCCAAGAAUCUCGGAAUCGAAAUCGUCGACCUCCCCUUCCACGAACUAAACGACAUAAUCACCCUCCUAGGUGAAUACGAAAUGUUCGACGAUCUCGAAGCAAUCCUCACCCAACUCUGGACAUCCAGAAUCGUCCAACGAACCUGGACUCCAGACGUAGUGGUCUGGAUCGGACGCCGACUGGUCGAAACCCGCUUCUGUCGCGGCGCCAUCGAUUCCGCCAUCCAACUCUGUCGCGAUAUCUGCUACAAUCUUCGCCAGGUAUGGGGUAACUACGACAGCGUCACGUUGGAGAUGACGAAAUUACUUUCCGGACUCUUCGCUGCGUCGGGGGAUCAUGCCUCCGCCGCGACUUUGCAUGAAGGCAUUCUUCAUGAUAUGCUUACUGAUGCGGAUGCGAAGUCGCAUCCGUCGGGGGCAGAUACGGCGGCGCAGCAUUUGGAGUUGUUGAAGAGGGCUCAGAGUCGUGGGAAUGGAGGUGCGAGGUCCUCGCAUGCGGAUCUGGUUCAGCAGGUACAGAAGAAGUUUGGGUUGAAGUCUGGUGAGAUGGAAGGUGGGGAGUCGUUUGGACUUUGGUCUAAGCCCAGACGGUUUAGUAUUGAUGUCGAGGACUUGGAUGAACAGGGGCAGAUGCACCAGAAUCAUUUGAGGGAGUCUAGUGGGGCUGGUAUUAUGAGUGGUUCUGGGGCGAGACGGAUUUCUGUGCAGGCGUUGUAA